CGCGGCAGCGAACAGCUGUUUUUGGAAAUUGUUUUGUUUUCCAAUAAAAAUUUUGAAUUAGCGAAUGAAGAUAACAAUUUCACCACCCGAUAAGCUAAAAACUGACCUUGAAUAAGUACGUGUGAUCGUGAUCUGUGCAGGUUUAACUAAUAAGUACAUAAACCCUACAAAAACAGUGAAGUUGCUGCAAAUAGUUCGCAGGAUGAGCCAGGAAACCUCUGUGGAGAACCUUUCGGCACUUCGCCUGAAGUACCGUGAGCGCAAGGAUGCCUUUCUGGAGGAGAACAUCGAUGUGAAAAAUCCAUUUUCUGUCUUUCGCGAUUGGCUAGAGUUGGCUUUAAAAACUCCGGAGAUACUGGAGCCCAAUGCCGCUGCUUUGGCCACCGUGAGUCCCGCGGGGAAGCCAUCCAAUCGAUAUGUUCUGGUCAAAGAAGCCACCGCCGAGGGAUUCACCUUCUUCACCAACUACGGCAGUCGCAAAGCGGAGGAGAUCAAGUCCAAUCCCAACGUGGCCAUAUCCUUUUACUGGCUGCCUUUGCGUCGCAGUGUCCGCAUCGAGGGCGUGGCAGAGAAGAUUCCGGUGGAGGACUCGCUCAAGUACUUCCACCAACGACCCAGGGCCAGUCAAAUUGGAGCCGCUGCCAGUCCGCAAAGCCAGCGGAUUCCCUCGCGUGGCUACUUGGAUGAAGUAGAGGCGGAAAUCAAGGCGAAACUGGGUCCCGACGGAGAGGUUCCCUUGCCCAACUGGGGCGGCUACCUAGUGCGUCCCGACCUCAUCGAAUUUUGGCAAGGCCAGACCGACCGCCUUCACGAUCGCAUUCGUUUCAGACGAGGCAAUGGAGUGGAAUCCGAGGUCGAUGGGAAACUGGUCCACAAGGGGGAGGAUGGCUGGGUCUACGAGCGGCUCGCUCCAUAAGCACAGGAAUCGGCAGUUACGCAACGGUUGCAUUCACUAUGUCUUCCAAAUGUAGAUGAAUUAUGAAUUAUCGUAGAAAUUGAGCGCAUUUUAAAGCUUUUUUGAGAAUAAAUGUAAACCCAGAAAGACGGGAAAUAUCUCAAUUAA